UCUUUUCUGAUUUCGCUGCCCCACCUCCAACCCAAUCCGCAGCGCAAGCAUUCCACCGAGCUUUUGUUUCGACGUAAUUCUGGGGAUUGAUUUUGCCUCAACGAUAGAAAUUACUACCUCUUCGCUCGCUCGCUCAACCGUUGGCCUACCCACCGCUUUAUCAUCUGUGCAGCUUUCCUCCAUCACUUACACAGUAGAUAUACAUUUUUCCUGUCGUGCCGUGAGACCGCAGGCAACAGCGUCGGACUGAGGGGUCGCCCAAUGUGUGUUGGGCACUGCAUCUGCCGUACAUGAGAAUGCCGAAUACGUCUCGCACUGCACAGCUGCUCGGGGUAUAGUAGCUUUGCGAACAAGGAUUCCGCGUGCUGCGGGUAUCGAGUCCACCACGCAACAUACGUUAUUGUCCGGCGAUGGACACCCAGAUAGAGAAUGCGAUCGAGAUCGCCUGGAACCCUACGUCCAACCAGGCCCUCAAGGGCCAGGCCUUCGAGUUCCUCAACCAGCUGCGCACCGAUCCCCAGGCCUGGCAGGUCUGCACCACACUCUUCACCCGAACGCCCCGGACAUCCGAGGUAGUGCGUCUGGUCAGCCUCGAGAUAGUCAACAAUGCUGUCCACUCGCAAGCAGUUGACGGCGCCGGGCUCGGCUUUCUCAAGCAAUCUCUGCUCGACUAUGUCGGGCGCAUCUACAGCGGCGACGCCCAAGAACCCAUCGACCCACCACACAUCCAAAACAAACUCACACAGACACUAACCUACCUUUUCGUCUUCUUGUACAAGGAGGGCUGGGAGAGCUUCAUUGACGACUUCCUGGCCCCCGCCCAAAAGGAGAACAACCUCCCCGGAGUGGUCAUGUACUUGCGCCUACUCAGCUCGAUUCACGAUGAGAUCGCCGAUCUCAUGCUGAGCCGGCCAGACAGCGAGGCCAAGCGCAACAGCGAUCUCAAGGAUCUGGUGCGUGAGCGGGACAUGAGGAAGAUCGCCGAGUCUUGGAGGGAUCUACUGGCUCGGUUCAGCAACCAGAACGAUUCCGUGGUCGAAUCGACACUGAAGAUCAUCGGCAAAUGGGUGAGCUGGAUUGAUAUCCACCUUGUCAUCAACCAGGACAUGCUCAACCUCCUGUUGCCCCUGGUCGGGAGGACGAAUUCCACCGGCGGCGAGGACAAGGUCAGGGAUGCGGCUGUGGACACCUUCACGGAGAUUGUGGCCAAGAAGAUGAAGGCUAGCGAUAAGGUAGAGAUGAUCUCGUUCCUCAACCUCCGCGAGAUUGUCACGCAGCUGCUGGCAAGCCCGCCUCUGCACGAGUGGAAAGGGACGCCCCGGUACGACACGGAUCUCGCCGAGGCUGUCGCAAAGCUGGUGAACAACAUCGUGGCCGACGUGGUUCGUGUCCUGGAAGACGGCAAGGCCGAUACCGAUACGAGGGCAAAGGCCGAGCAGUUGCUCCGGGAUUUCUUGCCAUCGCAGCUCCGGCUAUUCUCGGACGAGUUCGACGAGGUCUGCUCGACAGUCAUCCCAUCUCUCACCGAUCUCCUGACUUUUCUCCGGAGGGUGGGCCCGCUGCCUUCCACGUACUCUGAGAUGCUGCCCCCGAUCCUGAACGCCAUCGUCCUAAAGAUGAGGUACGAUGAGACGUCUAACUGGGGCAACGAGGACGAACAGAUGGACGAGGCAUACUUUCAAGACCUGCGUAAGAAGCUCCAGAAUCUACAGAAGAGCGUGGCAUCUGUCGACGAGAAUCUCUGCAUAGAAUUCCUAAGCAAUCUCGUUGCGAAUAUGUUUUCCACUCUGGAACAACAGGGGUCGCAGAUGGACUGGAGGGACCUUGACCUCGCGCUGCACGAGAUCUAUCUCUUUGGCGAGCUGGCGCUGCCCAACAUGGGGCUGGCUCAGAAGAGUCAGCCGAACACCAUCGCUGCUGAACGGCUUGCCGUGAUGAUGAGCAAGAUGGUCGAGUCAGGCAUCGCCAACUAUCCGCACCCCGCAAUAGUACUCCAGUAUAUGGAAAUUUGCACCCGAUAUUACAGCUUCUUCGAGAACCAGCAACGUUACAUCCCGCAAGUGCUGGAGAACUUUGUCCGCCUGGUGCACUACGACCACGUGCGCGUCCGAACGAGGUCCUGGUAUCUGUUCCUCCGGUUUGUCAAAACGCUGAGGGCGCAAGUUGGCAAUGUGGCCAAAACGGUUAUCGAAUCUAUUAGCGAUCUUCUGCCGAUCAAGGCCGAGGUUCCUGGCAACGAUGCCGAUGAUGACAUGUCCUCUGACGAGUCGGACCACUCGGCCGACGCUGUCUUCAACAGCCAGCUCUACCUCUACGAGGCCAUCGGGUGCAUCUCGUCAACCUCGGCCACGCCCCCAGCGGACCAGGCCCUGUACGCCCGCUCCGUCAUGGAGCCUCUCUUCUCGGACAUGAGCGUUCAUAUGGAGCGGGCAAAGGCCGGUGAUGCGCAAGCCGUGCUCCAGGUGCACCAUAUUAUCAUGGCUCUGGGGACGCUGGCGAACGGCUUCGCGGAGACGACGACAGGUCAGCCAAACAAACGACCGCAACCGCAUGAGGCGGUAGCCAACGAGUUCUCGAGGGCUUCUGAGGCUAUCCUGAUUGCUCUCAACCAGCUCAACGCCAGCGACGACAUCCGGACUGCGUGCCGGUCGGCCUUCUCCCGGCUGCUGGGCGUCCUGGGCGCUGCCGUCCUGCCGCAGCUCCCGCAAUGGAUCGAGGGACUGCUGUCUCGUAGCUCGAGCAAGGAUGAAAUGGCCAUGUUCCUCCGGCUGCUCGAGCAAGUCGUCUACAACUUCAAGGGAGAGAUUUACAACAUCCUCGACCUUCUUUUGACCCCUCUCCUCGAGCGAGUAUUCAGCGGCCUGUCCGAGCCAAUUAGUGGAACCGACGACGAGAUCCAGCUACAGGAGCUGCGCCGCGAAUACGUCUCGUUCGUCCAGGUCAUCCUCGUCAACGACCUCGGCGGCGUUCUGGUCAGUGCCUCUAACCAAGGCAUCUUCGAAUCCCUCGUCUCCUCGAUCAUCAACAUCGCCAAGACGCUCACCCACGGCAACCUGGUGCCGAGCCGCACCGCCUUCAACGUCCUCAGCCGGAUGGCCUCGCAGUGGGGCGGCCCGGACGUUGCCACCAUCGGCGAGCACCCGACCACGACGGGCGCCCCGGCCCCCGCCAUCCCCGGGUUCGACCGCUUCAUGAUCGACCAGUUCCACGGCCUGUGCUGGAGCGUCCUGCAGGAUCCCCGAUUCAGACCCAACAGCGAUGCCCAGUCGAGGCAGAUCCUGAAUGAGAUCGCGGGCAUCCAGCAGGUGAUCUACGCCAAGACGGGCGACACAUUUGUGCGGCACGUGCAAGGGGUCACGUUCCCGCAGCUGGGGAUGGAUGCGACCGAGUAUCUGAGGGUGCUGACGACGUCAAGGGAGCGGAAGCCGGUUGUGUCCUGGUUGUUGGGGCUGCUUAAGGGGAGGAGCUAAGGAUAGGUGGGCCGAGGGUUAGAUAGGGUGGCGUCCAUAUGGGCAUAUGGAACCUAUGGACUAUGUAUCUAGUUGCCGUCUCCUAUUGAUCUAAGGCCGGCUGGGCAGUAAUACAUUCAUGUUGAUACCUACCGUUCUGUUCUGCGGAUCAUUGCUUUCUCGGGCUUGGUCUUGAAGUCUGACUUUAUCCUCUUCCUUUGUCCGUUGGAAAGAUUGGGUUUGCUUUUCUGUUCCUCAGCUGGGAGAUGCUACUUCGCGCCCAUAGCCAACAUAGAUAUAGAUCUGUUGUGUCUGG